AUGGAGGGAAGUUCUUCCAAUAAUAAAGGAAAGGCUCAACAGAAGGAAGAAGUUAUGUACCACGGCGUCCGGCGCCGGCCGUGGGGGAAAUUCGGGGCGGAGAUAAAGGAUUCCGCCCUGGACGGCGGCCGGCAGUGGCUAGGAACGUUUGACUCGGCGGAGGAGGCCGCCAGGGCCUACGACAGGGCGGCAUUUAGCCUACGUGGCCACCUUGCCACCUUGAAUUUCCCCCAUUGUUAUUACCACCCUUCGUCUGCAUCAACGCCGCCGCCGCCGGCGGCGGAUUCCUCUUCAGUUCCGGCGCCGGCGGGGAAAGAAGUGUUUGAGAUAGAGUACUUUGAUGACAGUCUUCUUGAACAGCUUCUUGGAGUAGAGGAUGAGAAGAAGAAGAGGAAACGAGAUUAA